UUUUUUUUUUGUGCCGUAAAGCGGCGGGCCGUAACGCGCAUGCGCGGCCUUGGUGCUUGACUGGAACAGCUUCAGGGCCAGAGACAGCGUGGGUCCGUGGGACGUGUGAGAUGCCAAGAACCGGUCCAUGGGUGUGAGUCGGCUGGAUGUGUUGUACAGAAGACUGCUCCUCACCAGGCUCUUCAUCGGGGGAUGGGGGAGGCCUGAAGACCUCAGACGGAUUUUUGAGUUCCGUAAGUUCAUUGGAGACAGAGAGAAGUGCAAGACUCUGGUGUCCGAAGACUACCCGGUUUACAUAAACAAGACUGAAGAGCUCGCCGAUUGUCUCAUCCACGAUGGGUUCUUCAUCUCUCCUCUGGAGCACCUGGUGCCAGGGAUCCUGCCCCCUGAAGCGGUCAAAGCCAGGUUCCAGUUCAUUGUUCCUAAGAAGUGGCAGAAGAACAGACCAGUGUGCAUCCAGUUAGCUGGAACAGGAGACCAUUUUUUCUGGCGGCGGCGGACCCUCAUGGCCCGGCCCAUGAUCAAAGAGGCAGGAAUGGCUUCACUGCUGCUGGAGAAUCCUUAUUAUGGCUAUAGGAAACCUAAAGACCAGCUGAGGUCGUGUCUGAAGAACGUGUCAGACCUGUUUGUGAUGGGCGGAGCUUUGAUCCUGGAGUCCACAGUGCUGCUUCGAUGGCUGGAGAGAGAGGGCUACUGGCCUCUGGGAAUGACGGGCAUCUCCAUGGGAGGAUAUAUGGCAUCACUCGCAGUGACCAACUGGCCGAAACCCAUCCCUCUGAUUCCCUGUCUGUCCUGGUCCACGGCGUCCAGCGUGUUCACCACGGGCGUACUGAGUAAAGCAGUGAACUGGACAGAGCUGGAGAAGCAGUAUGCCAUUAAUUCAGUGUAUGAAAAGGAGAUCAUCAACCUGCUGGAGUACUGUGGGGCUGAUUCUUUUAAGAUGGAAGCAGAACACUCGAGGGGAGACGACUCUUUACAUCUGCUUGGUUUCUCUGGAGAUUUCAGUGGCCAACAUGUGGAAACAAGAAGGCCGUCAAAACCUGGUGGAGACCUUGAAGGGGUUCUGGAUGGAAACGGAGGAGAGUACAGUGUAUCACCAACCAGCAGCAGGGAAACAAACAGAGAACCGCUGUCAAGGACUCACAGGUUGGAGGGUAAUUUAACCAGAUUCUGUCGCCCGACUCUCCACAGUGAGUCCAUCAGCUUCAUGAAAGGAGUGAUGGAUGAGUGCACGCACAUGGCCAACUUCUCUGUCCCUGUAGACACCAGUCUCAUCAUUGUGGUCCAGGCCAAAGAGGACGCCUACAUUCCUCGGACAGGGGUCCUCAGUCUGCAGGAGAUCUGGCCCGGGUGUGAGGUUCGCUACCUGAACGGAGGGCAUAUCAGUGCGUACCUGUUCAAACAAAACGUUUUCAGGCAGGCCAUAUAUGAUGCAUUUAACAGGUUUAGCCUGAAGUAUCCCAACCUGCAGCCCUGAACCAACACCAGGACCAAUGACUGUCCAGAAGCCUUGAAGCCUCACCGUGUCGUCUCUGACAUGAUCUCUGACAUGUCGUCUCUGACAUGAU